CAGAAACAGUGGUUCUCCUAGCUCAGGAGGACGUUGCUGAAACUACGACCACUCAUUGUCUGUAGAAUGGAAUUCGUGUUUUUUUUUUUGUCAUCAUUGGUGUUAUGCAUAUUAAUUUAAAGUAGAAAAUGAAAAUGGUCCCUUCGUUGAAAGUUCCUCAAAGAUACGGCCAGCUUUGCAGAAAACACUUGCAGAGUAAAGGUGCCUUGGACCUGAGAUACAGCAUACAGAAGCACUCGGAUGGAACAGUGACCUUGCCAAUCGUGCCAUCCUCAUUGCCACAGCUGGAUCUAUCAACUCUUCAGUGCAGUGUGGCCCACGGUAGCAUGUGUGAAAUUGUGCAAAUCCAGGCCCAGCCAUCCAAGAAGGAAAAAGCAAAGUGUUGUAGUGAGAAACUUGUUGAGGCUCUACAGGAUCAGCUGUCAUCUCAUGGAGUCCGCUGGAAUGAGGAUCUGAAGAGUGACCUACCUCAAAGCUGGCAGCGCCAUGGAGAUUUGGUUGUUAUCGGAGAAAACUGCUUCACUCUACCUGCAUGGAAAAAUAUAGGAAUAGAGUUGUGGUCUACAGUUGCUCAUGGCCUGGGUGCAAAGCGCCUGGCACAAAUUAAACAGAUCUCAAAGGAUUGCUUCAGAACUCCACUAGUGAUCAUGUUGCUGGGAGACAGCCAUGUUACACAUGUGGACAAUAAGAUAAGGUAUGAGUUUGACAUUACCAAGUGUAUGUUCUCAUUUGGGAAUAUCACUGAGAAACUGAGAAUAGCCUCUUUCAACUGCAGCGGAGAAACUGUUGUGGAUCUGUAUGCAGGUAUUGGAUAUUUCACCCUUCCCUACCUGGUGCACGCAGGUGCUGCUCACGUCCAUGCGUGUGAGUGGAACCCAGAUGCUGUGAAAGCUCUGAAGAGGAACCUGCAGUUAAACAAAGUGUCAGACCGCUGUACCGUCCACCAGGGAGAUAACAGAAAACUCCCCCUGGAGGACCUAGCAGACCGGGUUAAUCUGGGCCUCAUCCCCAGCUCAGAGGAGGGCUGGCCCGUGGCUUGCCGUCUGCUGAGGAGAGACACGGGUGGUGUCCUGCACAUCCACCAGAAUGUCAGCUCGGCAGUGCCCAGCACAGACACCAGGCGUCAAGCUGCUCUGCCCGCCGCAGAUGAACAAAUCGCCGCUGAGGGGGAGAACAAGACACGGGUUUCGCUGAACGCUCCCCGGGGCAGCCACAGAGACAGAGAAGCAUGGAGGACCUGGGCAGAGGACACAGCCACACGGUGUGCUAAACUAUUGACAGACUUGGCUAGAGGGGCGUGGAGGACUCAUAUUAUGCACAUUGAGCAUGUGAAGUCCUAUGCCCCACAUAUCCAUCAUAUAGUGCUUGAUUUAGAAUGUACACCACUGUGACAUGCUCGUUUUUCUGUAUCUGCACACUUACUAUAUGUCUAAUUGCAACCAUGUGUGAUGUCUCAAGUAAUUUCAGGAGUCAUAUCUGUAUGUUUAUGCUUAUACCACUCAGAACUGCAGUUUUACUUAUGUUAAAGGCACAGUCAGGGAUUUCGCGUUUGUUUGUAUUUAUGUUUUUGUUUAGAUUCGUUAGCAGAUGCUUUUUUGCAAAAACAGUGUCAUACAGUGCAGAAUGGGCAGCUAGCGGUUGUUAGGAGAUUUUUGUUUGCUGAAUGUGUAGACCUACUAGCAAUUCUAUGAUAUAUGUUGUGGAUUACUAUCCUCUUAUAAAAUCAAAACACAACCAAAACAAAAUAGCAAUGGUAAAUAGGCCUACCUAGUUCAAAUAAAUGUUAUACUUCAUGCCACUGACAGAAAAUAA